AUGCUGAUAAUAUUAACUUUAUUCCAAUCUAUAUUCCUACAACCGUCCCAUUCUCAAGAGCUUUUAUCAAACACGGCCUGCAAUGAGCGACUAGACCCCGGGGAAUGCACAAAUUUUGCGGUUGCUUGGUAUUACGAUAGGUAUGCGCAUCGGUGUCGUGAAUUUUUCUACGGCGGUUGUGGCGGUACAGGGAAUCGGUUUUCAACAAAAGAUGAAUGUGAUCAACAAUGUCACUUUGCUGGGGUGGAGGAAUCCAGCGAGGCCAGAUGUGCACAAAAAUACGAUGUAGGGACAUGUGAAGCUGAUAUCGAACGGUGGUACUUUGACUGGACGUUGAAACGCUGCGUCUGCAGUUGGUGGUCCGGCUGUGGAGGAAACUCGAAUCGCUUUUACUCGUCGGUGCAUUGUAUGCAAGUAUGCGGAGCUCAUGCUCAGGCUGAUCCCCUGUAUAUCCAACCUGAUUGGAUACCGGUUCGCCCAAUGUACAAAAAUGAAGUCUGGGCCCCAACGGCAACCACACAACCUCUUCAUCCAUUUGCUGGAUAUCCGUUCCCCCAGAAUCCGCAGCAUCAACCUCCGCCACACAAUCAAAAACCUCAUCCAAAUCAGGAUCAAAAUGCCAUCGUACAUCCGCAACAUCCCCAAGACUUCGAGAUUCCACAAAACAACCACCUCUCAGAGGCUCAGGAUAAUCGAGCUGAUCAAUUCGCAAAUAAUUGGAUUGUCGAACAACCUCAUCCCCCUCCACAAUUUGUCGUCAGCGUCGAUUAUCCCCAAUCUAACGUCAAGGCCGAUCCAUACUUUACCGGAAAAUUUGACAACCUACCCGAUUUCGAGGAUCCGUCAGAGACCAACGAAGAAAUACAGUUCGCUGACCAUGCCUUGCCUGAACUCGAACGUAUACCAUUCAGUCGCAGAGAAGAUGCACUAGAGAAUGUUUUUCAAACGGUACCAUACGCGCCGGACUAUCUAGACGCAAGGCCAGAGGCACAGUACCCAGCAGCCCUUCGAAUUGGAAAUGUAGGCGUCAUAGAUGGGCCACCGCAAAAUGACACAGAACCGGAAGAUCAACCAAAAGCCCGAAAACCGAGGGAUUUGAAAACUGAAACAGAUUCCGGUAGCGUCCUGACUACGGUUGUAUCGACGGCUGACAAGAAAAAGCGCAUAAAAGUGCUCCGUAAAAAGCCGCUUCUCCGCGGCAUCGUCCGGGCUUCUGAUUUGCUCUACCCCAAAAAAGAACCCAAAAUAAUCAGAGCCGAAGAUCCAAAAGAACCCGAGCCUGAGCCUAUCCAAGAGGUCCUAGAAGUCAAGGCCGUAAUACCGAAAGAUGAAGCCAAUGCAUAUGCGGAAACUCAAAUAUUUGUGAGAAUGGAUCGACGGAACCAAACGGCUGCACCAAUUUUUUAUUAUCACUAUCUUCCAGCGGCGCCACCAACGGAGGUAGGCAUGCCAGCCGUUCCACCAACCCCUAAACCUACAUUUCCGACAACAGCGAAACCAAUCCAAUACGUACCGCCUCCAGUAUAUAAAGUGGAACCGGUUCCCAACAAACAUUUACAAGACCUCGAAGAUGAGGGCCAAGCCUUCCGAGUCGAAAUUGUGCAAGGAGAUUACCUGGAAGGAUUGAAAAAUCGCGAAGAUUUCUAUGAUGAGUAUUAUACCGAAAUGGAAGAGCUAACCGAAGAAGAGGUCCCGAAAAUUGCAACAACCAAGCUACCAUUCCGGGAACGAUUACGCGAGGAAAUGCCAACCGAAGCGGCCAGUUGGACCAAAGAUCCUCGUCUUUUCCAUGCUGCCUUGCCAUUCCAUUUGGUUUCUACGAAGACACCGCUCACCGUGCCCCUGAAAUUGAAAUAUACGGAGCCACCGAUUGGUCAGAUGGUUCAGACAACACCACGGCGCGAAUUGCACACGAAUCGGAUUCCAGAAAGAGUGCUUGAAGUGCCGAAAACUCCUGCUCAAUUCCAAAAACUCGAGAAUUUGCCUGUGUCGACGACGACAACUACUAUGGCUACUCCGAUUACCACUAUAGCAGCUAAGUCCGGACAAUUGAAGAUCGAAAUGGUUACUUCGCCAAAACCGACAUUUUUCCGGGGGAUGCCGGUGCGGAUUCCAUUCACUGCAAAUGCACCAAAACCGCCGAAAAACCAGGUAGACGUCUGGUCUUGGAUUCGCAAUGCACCUCGACCAACAUCAACACUAAAACCUGCAGCCUCAAUAACCCACACCAGAAUAAGCCGAGCCACCCCGGAAACAGAAAAAUCAGAAACGAGCUUCUUAUCUGGCAGUCUUAAUCUGCUGCCCCCAACCCAA